CUAUAAAAGAGGCGGCUGAUGCCGGCGGACCCGUCAGUUUUGUUUAGUUCGUCGCAAGCAAAGUCAUCCGAAAAUGUUUCUCGCCAAGAUCCUAAUCCUGUGCAGCGCCUGCGUCCUGAUCAGUGCCACUCACACUGCAUUUGGAGCACCAAGGACUCUCGAGGGCGCGGACCUGGUCAGUGCCCAGGAAACACUUCAGGCAUCCUUGACCAAGUUGGCCGCCGGCGACGGACCCCACUAUCGCAUCUCAAAGAUCCUCUCGGCAUCGAGGCAGGUGGUCUCUGGCUACAGGAAUGAUUACACCGUGGAGCUGAUCGACAACGAAGGCGCUACCAAGGUGUGCAACGUGGACAUCUGGUCGCAGUCGUGGCUGCCCAAUGGCAUCCAGGUGACCUUCAGGUGCCCCAACGAACCAGAAGUGGUCAGGAGCCACGAUGCCUAAAUAAAUGACUAAAUAAUGAUUGAAUUC